AUGGACGGCGGCUACAAUAAUUACAACUCAUAUGGCGGAGGCGGCGGCGGUGCUGGCGGCGGCUUUAUGCCUGGCGAAAUGAAUAGUCCCUCCGGUGGAAAGGGUGGCGAUCGCGAUAACAAAACACUUCGUCCCGUGACGGUCAAGCAAAUCGUUGAUGCAUCUCAACCUUUUCCCGAGGCCAACUAUCAAAUCGACGGCGCCGAUGUAGCCAGCGUUCUCUUCAUCGGCCAAGUCCGCAAUAUCAGCACUCAAAGCACCAAUGUCACAUAUAAGAUCGACGAUGGCACGGGGGAAAUCGAGGUCAAGAAGUGGGUCGAUUCCGGAAAUGCAGACAGCAUGGAAACAGACGAAGGCAAGGGCCCGGGGAGCGGCAAGAACGAGAUCCAGCUCAACGGCUAUGCUCGGGUGUCCGGCGCUGUGAAGUCGUUUGGAAACAAGCGAUACGUGGGCGCACAUAAUGUGCUUCCCGUGACAGAUAUCAAUGAACUACACUGUCAUAUUCUCGAGGCAACGGUAGUCCAUUUGUUCUUCACUCGUGGGCCUCCUGGUGGGGCGAAUACGGGCACGAAGAACACUGCGGCAGCCGGGGGGGAUGCAAUGAUGGGAGGCGCGGAAGACUAUGGUGCGGGCCAGAACCGGGCGUUGAUGUCCAUGUCACCGUUGGCCAAGAAGGUCUAUCAGGUGCUAAGGACCGAGCCCCAAGAUGACACUGGCUUGCACGUGCAGCAAAUCGCUGCAAAGAUGAAUGUUCCCGCCACGGAUGUCGCUCGCGCUGGUGAGGAGCUUCUCGGGGCCGGUGUGAUCUUCUCGACGUCGGAUGAACAGACCUGGGCCAUCCUCGAGUAUUAG